UCAAGAUGGCGGCAAUGUUUGUGGAAUGUGUUUGAUGGCAUGGGUUUCUAACGCGUCGGUUCGCAGCCAUGGGAUGAAACAACACAGCAAAACGUUUCUUCAGGUUUCCUUGAAAUGAACAGAAAGGCAUGUUUUGAAAAAUGAAAAUCACUACCAGUGCAUGCUGUUUGAUUACACACACGAGUGUUGAACUGCAAACAAGUUUGAGUCUGACAGAUCAGUUGCUCUGAUUGACAGGAGAUUAUCCAAGAUAAUGAAAACAUGCAUAUCACGUUGAGUGACAUUAGGCAGCCUUUUACUUGUAGUGUCAGCUUUCGUAGCGUAGUGCAUUCAUUGAAGUAUGUACAACUACAGUAAACCCAGAAGCAGAUUUACAGUUGCAAAAGAGUGGUAACGUCUGUGAAAGCAUCAGACCCAGGUAAUAUCCUCUACUCUGUCACUCCAAGUACUCCCUACUAGCACAUCUUUCACCAGAGAACCCCGUCUCCAGCACAUCGCUGGUCCAGUGGGUCACACCGACCCCACCACAGUUGUGUUUCGCCAGACCCACUCCAACGACAUCGCGAUGAGACGCUACAACCAGACAGCUGACUUCACCCUCAAUAACUUUGCAGAAAAUCAGAGAAAUGAUGCUAAUUCAUUAGCAAAGAUGAAACAGAAGAUCCCGAUACACUACCGUGGUGGCAAGAGACCAAUAGUUCCAGCUGCAGCAUGUGCACAUGACCUGAGUCGGCCGGAUGUGGUCAGCCCGGAUGAUGAUGAAAGUGUCGGCUCCCACCCACACAGUGCUCAGUUUGCACCUAAAGCUCAGAAAGCAGCAGCAUUCUUACCAGGUGACCGGGUCAUAUUUGCUGAGAGUCCAUCAGCGCCCGGCAUCCCUGUGGUUUACAGGGCCCCGGAGGAACGGGCAUCAAACCCAGACAGACUCAACUUGGACAGACGGAAACUCACGGUAUGUCCGAUCCUGGAGGGCGAGGAACAGCUCCGCCUACUCAACUACCAACACAACUUCAUCACCAAGAUUCAACACCUCAGCUCGCUCAAACGCCUCAUUUUUCUAGAUCUCUAUGACAACCAGAUAGAAGAGAUAAACGGUCUCGGUGCACUCAAGUCCCUCAGGGUGCUCAUGCUGGGGAAGAACAAGAUUAAGAAAAUAGAAAAUCUGGAUAAUUUGGUCAAACUCGAUGUCUUGGACUUACAUGGCAAUCAGAUCAAGCUCAUAGAGAACCUCACCCACCUGGCAGAGUUACGGGUCCUUAACCUGGCCGGCAACCAGAUCCGCCAUGUUGACAACUUGAUGGGGAUGGAUGCGUUAGCGGAACUCAACUUACGGAGAAACAGGAUACUAACUAUUGUGGAUGUAGACACUCUCCCCAACCUGCAAAGACUCUUCCUCAGCUUCAAUGAUAUAUGCAGCUUUGAGGACAUAUCAUGUCUGGGAGAGUCCACCAGUCUGUCGGAGAUCUCCCUGGAUGGGAACCCCAUUGCCCAGGAUCAGUACUACAAACAGGUCGUCCUCCGACACAUGCAGCAGAUCAAACAGCUGGACAUGAAGAGAGUCAGUGAGGAGGAGCGGCGGAUCGCCCUGGUGAUGGCGAGGAAGGAGGAGGAGAAGAAGAGGGAGAACAACAAGAUAUCAGUCAUGAAGGAGAAGCGGCGGAUCGCCAUCAACAACGCCAAGCGCCAAUGGGAGACCAUGCAGGGGUCGUUACUGUCGCGGACGGGGAGGCUGGUGUCGGGGCAGCGAGAACUCUACGCCAACCACAUCGGCACCAUCAACAACUCGGACUUCAUGUCUCACAGUCCUGAUGGAGAUGAUAAUGACUCCAUCACGAGUGACAAGAGGAUGACCAGUCGGCCUGGCAGUGCAAGAAGUAACAUGACCAUGGAGUUCUCCGGUGACGGGCCGCGUGAACGCCCUCGCACUAGCAGCAGAAGGGGAGACAAGACACAGGCAGUCCACAAGGAAACUAUGCUCUUUGGGAAGUCCAACACAAACAAUGGCAAGGAGCUGAGUAACCUGGCUGACCUCGAGGGCGACACGCUCACGUUGUACGGCCCACAGUCUCUGGAGGCACUGGACAAGAACUGGGGUAUCCAGGCGGCCGGCACCGUCACAUCCAUGGUCUUUAAGUUUGUCGACUUUGAGGAAAUUACCAAGCACCUGCACAAAGUUCGGACACGGUUUCCAAGUGUACAGACCCUGGUCUUCAGCUCCACCAACAUCAACAGCCUGCAGCAGAUCAACGCCCUCUCCAACAUCCGGCGCAUCGACAACCUCACCAUCGACCUUGACGGCAACCCCGUCACCAAGUUCACACUUUGGAGAAUGUACACCAUCUUCCGCCUGGCUCACUUCUCCCUCAAGAAGAUCAAUGAUGUCGAGGUCUCACCAACAGACAUAGUAAAUGCAGAGAAGCUGUUUGGUCCACUGUCCUUUAUCAUCGGGUACAAGACCCCCCAGCUAAGGUCAGAAUUGAGGAAAAAGGGGAGUAUGUCCUAUGAAGACAAGCCUCGCAAGUCCGGGGACAGCAAGCAGGCUCAGAUAGAACUGGAGGGACGAUCUCGCCUUGUGUACCUGGCACCUGGGGAGGUGACAACGGCCAAUAAGGAUAGUUCCAAGACACAGUUUGCCCGCAGUUAUAUCAAUGAACUUACAAAAGAAGCAAUAUUUGCGGACAAGAAGCGAGCAGAGUUGCAGCGUCUGUGGCCCCAGAUGUUCUACGAGAUGGUCCAGAGCACGCUGUCCGACAUGCAGGAUAUGAAGACCUACAUGAAGAAGUGCACUGAAGAACUCGACAAGUCAUAGCACCAGCCAGGGGCACAGUCUAUCACCACCCAGACCAUGGGCUUUCGCCACCCAGGGGCACAGUCUAUCGCCACCUAGAUCAGUCUUUCGCCAGGAACACAGGUUUAUCACCACCCAGGGGCAGAGUCUAACACUACUUUGAAGGGCAAUAAUCGGAGAACAAGCAAAAAAUGACCGUGAAACAUAUUGACAUCCUACUAUACUGUCCCCCUCCCCGCCCCCCUGGUCUGUCCCCCCCCCUCUCUCCUCCCUUCCCCUCCACUCGUCACCCUUUUUCAAUGUCCCCCUUUUUCCAUAUCCCCCUUCUGUUUCAUUCUAUGCUGACCCCAUCCCCCUACCUAUCCUUGUCCCUAUACUCCCCCACUGAGCUGUGAUACUAUAACAUAGCAGCAGUGACUGUCAUGAUAAGUCUUCAUCACCUUCUACUGAACCCCCUUCUCUCUACUCUCCCCUUCCAUACCUCCGCCCUGUACUGCCCCCUCCAGGUGAGAGAGCAUCCCCCUCUGCUCCCUAUAGUCAUGCCUUGAUCUCAUCCCAGCAGCUGUAUCCACGACUCCAGCUCUCUGUGUACAAAGCACUGUCAACUUGUGAAAUGGUGUGAUGGCAGGAACUGUUUGCUUGCCUCUCAGGUGAUCUCUGCAACUCUGUACAUUUGUAUGUUUGAACCUAACAUAAGUCUUUCUCCUUGUCUAAGGCAAGAUAUUUAAAUGGAAGUGUGUGUGUGUGUACAUAGUGUUCACAUAUUGUUAUGGUUUAUGAAAGAAGACAUGUAUUCAAUCGUUUGUUACUGAGUGGGAGUUUUAGUAACCAGGAACUGAAAUAUGCCAACCACCCCAUUACCUGUAGUGUGAACUGUAGAUAGACAUUCCAACAGUGCAACUGACAGAACAAAGCGUGCCAUGUUCCCAGUUUACCAUGACUGUAAUAAUUGGUUUUGUUUUUAUAUCAAAUGUAGGCACGUCAUCCAAUUGCAAAGCUCUUGUUACUGUUAUGGUACUUUUGAAAUGCUUCAUCUUGGCAGUCUAGCCCAGUGAUAGGAGUGUUUGUUCAUCUGGCAUGGAGUCCUAGAUGUACCACAUUCUCUCCUGAUUUCCAGCCAUAUGGUUUUCUCCCCUUGGGAUUCCAGGGUAGAGUAGUCCCCAGUACCCCAUGAUUGUCUCCCCUUGUGGGAUUCCAGGGUAGAGUAGUCCCCAGUACCCCAUGAUUAUCUCCCCUUGUGGGAUUCCAGGGUAGAGAAAUCCCCAGUACCCCAUGAUUAUCUCCCCUUGUGGGAUUCCAGGGUAGAGUAGUCCCCCAUGAUUAACUCCCCUUGUGGGAUUCCUGGGUAGAGUACAUCCCCAGGACCCCAUACUCUUCUCCCCUUGAAGAUUUCAGGGUAGAGUACAUCCCCAGGACCCCAAGCCUACCCAAUUUGUGAUGGAGAAUUUAGGACUGAAGACUGGGUUUGUUGCCAUCACUCACAGGCCCAGACUGGAAAUGUGCUGACUCUAAUAUCUGGGCCUCCAGACAUAAGCCAGUGGUAAACCAGGCCUAACAUGAGGCGAUGUAUAACAGCA